UCUCUCACUUUGUUGCUGUGCCUCUCUCAAAAGCGCAUUCUUCGCCCCCGAUUUCAACCCUUUCAUUACAGUUCGAAUAUAUAGAAGAAAAACAGACUUCUGCUGUUUCACUGCUGCAAAACACCCCAUAACUUCAAUCAAAUACGGUCUCAAAUUUCACAUCAUACACAGAAACUGCACUGCAAAGAUGAACAGUGACAAAAUUCCACCCUCCCCUACUUCGCCGAGCGUGGGAAGCGCUGCACAUCUAAAAACAUGCCAGCACUGCGAGAUGCAAUUCAAUGGCCCACAUCUCAAAGAGUUCAUCUCCCACAUGGCUGACAAUCGGUGCGGCACCUGCAAGCGUAAAUUCGGCUGCCGCACCGAGCUGAAAAUCCACCUGAAAAACUACAACCACCGAAAGGCGCCGCUGAAAACCUGCACCGCGCCGCGCCAAUUGAAUAAAUCGAAAGGGAAAGCGUGCAGCAUGCACUGCAGGCACUGCGCCUUUUACAUCAAAACGACCCGACAACUUCUGCGGCACCAGUUCCUGACCAACUGCAACACCUGCCGCCGAAGGUACCGAUGCGCCACGCAAUUGGCGCGGCACGUCAAAAGGUCCCAUUCGAGAAAAUCUGGACGAAAGGUUGUGAAAAAAACUUUAAAUUUCUGUGAUCAGUGCGGGGAGGAACGCCACCUUCAAAGGGUCCAGCCCUGUUCGGUGUGUCCGGAGACCUUCAGGUGUCCGGCGUCGCUUCGGAAACACAAAGAAGGUGCGCAUUUUCGGUGCCACUCUUGUCAAAAGUUGUUCCUGAAGGACGCCGACCUGCAGGCCCACCUGAAGCGCGACUGCGUCCUCUGCGGCCGAAGGUUGAAGUGCGAAACGCGGCUGAAGAGACACAUGAAGAAGCAUCCGCAGACGUCGGCCGAGGCGCAGAACGAGAUCAUGGACGCGAUUCGGUCCGAGCAGGCCGUCCUCGUCGAAGACAACGAAGAACAAAUAAUUCCACCCUGCAUCAAGGUGGAAAAAGAAGAAAUCCUGCACGAAAUGGAAACUGUGUGCAAAGUGGAGGUGGCGAUCGAGCAGACGAGCAGCAAAAGGGACUCGGUCCUGGCGAUGCUGGAGAACGACAUCGAGAUGGUGGUGGAAAAAGGGGGCAUCGUCGCCAGCAGUCCGGUGCUCAAACCCAAGAAGUUCGUCCAGCAGUUGAUCGAGUUGAUCGCCAUCGGCAUGAGUGAGUUCGAACUGAAAAAGGCCGUGGCCGAACUCCUGUUGCAAGACUUGGUCAAAAAAAUGGAGUAAACUUUUGAUAGUGAAGUUUUUAGUUUAAUUUAUUGAGUCACAAUUGCAUUUAGCAACAGCAAAGUAAUUAUGUAUACGUCGUGUGAGAAUGAAAUUUUGCAGAUUUUGUUAAUUUUAAUUUAUGAAAAAAAUGUAAAACUUAUUGUGAAAAAGUGCAUUGAUUUGAUAUUAAUUUUAAUGUAAGUAAUAAAUGUAAUAAUGAAUAUGAAAAUAA